ACAUAUACCCCGGAAGUACCUAGUCUACCGCAACACUUCAAACUUCAUUGUAUAUAUUUUUCAAACAGAUUUAACGUUACGAUGCUUCCCUCAGCUGCCGUUUUUCAUUUUCCCUGGGAAGUAAACUCCGGAAAUAUGCAGGAAGGAGAAUCAGUUAGAACAUUUGGCAGACUUGUCUGCUACCAGCCUGAGGAGUCUAGGGCUACACUGUCAGCUCAGCAUGCUUCGAAAGAGCACCACGUGGUUGUCCACACGUUGUUUGUGGAGCCCUUUAACCCAAUAAUUGGAGCCCAAUACAUUGUUCUGGGUGAGAUAGAAAAUAAUAUGGGGGUUGGUGUGAUGGUCCAGGCCCGUGUGCUGAACUGUGUUGAUGGUGUAAACAUAGCCCUUCUCCAGAAAGCCAUCAGCGAGCAAAGGAGCUUCUUCACAGAGAGGGAGUGCAAACGAUGUGAGACUGCACAACCUGCAGAUGCAACCUGAUCAGAUUCUUCAUUCAUCUGGUUUCCCAGGGGGAGAGGGGAGGCUCUUUGAUUGCCAAGGCUCCACCGCUGCCUCUUAAACUGUUGUGUGUUUUCCUUUGAUUUUUAGACUGUUUGAUUCAGUGUAAAAUUCAGGAAUUUCAUCGGUUUAUAUGACCAAAUUGAUAACCUCUGACCUCAACAGUUUUAUGCAUUUUAUCAUCGGUUGCUUUUACACAACGAAAACUCAAAAUUAGUAAAAUGAUCUUAGGUUUUCAUGCUUGGUCACUGAAUAACUAAUAGUAGACAUAUUGUGUCGAUGACUUGUGAGUAUGUUACAUUUUUAGCUCAGUCCAUCAGUGCUGAGAUAUCAGAUAAUAAUUGUUUAUAGAUGGAAGAUAUUAGUCUUAACAUUAUUUCUGAUGUAACUUUAUGGUCAUUUAGCUUUAUUUGAGGCUAUACUGUAGAUAAUAAAAAAUAACUAAGGCUAAA